AUGGCUGAUGAUUUGCAGACCGGUGUAGUUCUGGAACCUAAAGCUAUGGUUCCAUGGAGACCUGACUUGGCGGCGGAGGAGGAACCAGCACCUUGGAAGGAAGAUUUUUUCUACAAAAACAUCUGGAGGAGCUGGGAUGAAGACGAGAAGGAUGAGUAUGAUUGUUUUGUCAGAUGUGUCGAACCUCGAUUGAGACUGUAUUAUGAUCUACUUGAAGAUCGAGUUCCCUCAGGACUUAUUGUUGACUACCACAAUCUGCUGUCUCAAUGUGAAGAGAGUUACGGGAAAUUUUUAAAUCUGAGAAGCAGUUUGUCAAAUUGUAAUUCUGACUCUGAGCAGGAAAAUAUCUCCAUGGUGGAAGGGUUAAAUUUGUAUUCAGAAAUUGAACAGUUGAAACAAAAGCUAAAACUCAUUGAGAACCCUUUGUUGAGAUAUGUUUUUGGUUAUCAGAAGAACUCUAAUAUCCAAGCAAAGGGUACUCGUCAAAAUGGCCAGAAGGUCAUCCAUGUGGUUUCCUCCACCAUGAAGACAGAUCUACUUCGAUCUCUAUUCAGAGACAGGUUUUGUGAAAUUCAGUUCCAUAGUGAUCUGUUUUUUGUUGCCUGCUAUGAUGGUGACACUGUCAUUAUUUGUCCUGGCCAUUAUGUAGUUCAUGGUACCUGCUCCAUAGCUGACUCUAUUGAGUUAGAAGGAUAUGGUCUACCAGAUGAUAUUGUCAUAGAAGAGAGGGGCAAAGGAGAUACUUUUGUGGAUUACACGGGUAUGGAUGUUAAAUUUUCAGGCAUAAAAUUUAUUCAACAUGAUUCUGUAGAAGGAAUCUUAAUCAUUCACCAUGACAAGACCACACUGGAAAACUGUGUCCUGCAAUGUGAAACUACAGGAGUCACAGUGUGCACAUCAGCAGAACUUUUCAUGAAAAACUCAGAUGUAUAUGGUGCCAAGGGUGCUGGUAUAGAAAUUUAUCCUGGAAGUAAAUGUACACUGACUGACAAUGAAAUCCAUCACUGCAAAGAAGGAAUCCUCAUUAAGGACUUCCUUGAUGAACAUUAUGAUAUUCCCAAAAUAUCUAUGAUAAAUAAUGUCAUACAUAAUAAUGAAGGUUAUGGUGUUGUUUUGGUGAAGCCUACGAUUUUCUGUGAUCUACAGGAAAAUGCCCAAGAUGAAAUCAAUGACAAUACGAUUAAGAAAAAUAAAGAGGCAGAUGUCACUGAAGGAUUAGGUCUGGAAGAAAUGCUUCAGUGUGUGACUGGCAAAAUGGAGCCUUAUGCCACAGCUGACUUUAAUGAACAAGCUAAGGGAAAUUGUGAAAUUAUAAGUGAACUACUUGCUAUUUCCAUGCAAAAAGGCCGGAUGAAGAAAAGACUGAGUGAACUUGGGAUCGUACAAGCUGAUGACAACAUAAUGUCACAGGAGAUGUUUAUUGAAAUUAUGGGGAACCAGUUUAAGUGGAAUGGCAAAGGGAGUUUUGGCACAUUUCUUUACUAGCUACAAUGAUAUCAAUAGCUCACAAAAUAUUGUAUUUUGAACAUGCCCUAAGCAUGCUGCUUAUAUAUUUUGCUUCAUUUGCUUCAUAGCUGUAUAUUAUAUAAAGUGUACUUGAUUAAGCUUGUAUGAAAUGUAGAU